AUGAAUUUUGGCAAUAGAACUCCAACCAUUGUUGUCCUUAAAGAAGGUACAGAUGCAUCACAGGGAAGAGGGCAGAUCAUAUCAAAUAUCAAUGCAUGUAUAGCAAUCCAAGAAACAUUAAAGCCAACUUUAGGACCACUGGGCUCGGAUAUCUUGAUUGUAUCAUCUAAUCAAAAGACUACUAUCUCGAACGAUGGUGCUACAAUUCUGAAAUUACUGGAUGUGGUUCACCCAGCUGCAAAAACUUUAGUCGACAUUUCUAGAGCCCAAGAUGCUGAAGUUGGUGAUGGUACUACUAGUGUUACAAUUCUUGCAGGUGAAUUGAUGAAGGAAGCCAAGCCAUUUUUAGAGGAAGGUAUUUCAUCUCAUGUGAUCAUGAAGGGUUAUAGAAGAGCUGUUAAUUUAGCCGUUGAAAAAAUCAAAGAAUUAGCCACAGAUGUUUCCGUUGAGGAUAGCAACACUAGGGAGCUUUUGGAGCGUUGCGCAAAAACUGCUAUGUCAUCUAAAUUGAUUUAUAAAAAUGCUGACUUUUUCGUCAAAAUGUGUGUCGAUGCGGUAUUAUCGUUAGACAGAAAUGACCUUGACGAUAAAUUAAUCGGUAUCAAGAAGAUUCCAGGUGGUGCUAUGGAAGAAUCAAUUUUUGUUGAUGGUGUUGCAUUCAAGAAGACAUUCUCUUAUGCUGGUUUUGAACAGCAACCAAAACAAUUUACCAAUCCAAAAAUCUUAAGUUUAAAUGUUGAACUAGAACUUAAGGCUGAGAAAGAUAAUGCUGAAGUUCGUGUUGAGCACGUUGAAGAUUACCAAGCUAUUGUAGAUGCAGAAUGGCAAAUUAUUUUAGAUAAAUUGAAACAAAUUGAGGAAACUGGGGCCAACAUUGUCUUAUCUAAAUUACCAAUUGGUGAUUUAGCCACACAGUACUUCGCUGAUAGAAAUAUUUUUUGUGCUGGUAGAGUUAGCAGUGAUGAUAUGGACCGUGUUAUUAAAGCUGUUGGUGGAUCUGUUCAAUCCACUACCACUGAUAUAAAGACAGAACAUUUAGGUACGUGCGCAGAAUUUGAAGAAAUGCAAAUAGGUUCUGAACGUUAUAAUUUAUUCAAAGGUUGUCCAGAGGCCAGAACCUGUACAUUAUUAUUAAGAGGUGGUGCUGAGCAAGUUAUUGCGGAAGUCGAGAGAUCGUUACAUGAUGCUAUUAUGAUUGUUAAGAGAGCUUUACAAAAUAAACUAGUUGUUGCUGGUGGUGGGGCUAUAGAAAUGGAAAUAUCUAAAUACUUGAGAGAUUAUUCCAAGACCAUUGCUGGUAAACAACAACUAAUCAUUGGUGCAUUUGCCCGUGCAUUAGAGGUUAUUCCAAGGCAAUUAUGUGAAAAUGCGGGGUUUGACGCCAUCGAAAUUCUAAAUAAGCUAAGACUUGCGCACAGUAAAGGUGAAAAAUGGUUCGGUGUGGAUUUUGAAACUGAAAAUAUUGGCGAUACUUUCAAUAAAUUUGUCUGGGAGCCAGCUUUAAUCAAGAUAAAUGCAUUAAAUAGUGCCACUGAAGCCACAAACUUAAUAUUGUCAGUGGAUGAAACAAUUAAAAACACCGAAAGUUCGAGUUCCAAUGCAGGCAUGGCCCCGCCACCGGGUAGAGGUAGAGGUAUGCCAAUGCCAAUGCAGUAA